GCACAAAUGGUCCAAAUUCUUGUAGAGAGAAAGCUACUGGGAUUCUGGGUUUCAGGGUUUUCCCUUGUUCGGUUGUUCAUCUCUGAUGAUGGACUUCUCCAUGAAGAAGACUCUUCUUCUAGCAUCUUCCUUCUCAUUGCUAGGAGGAACCAAGUGCAUGAAUACCUACUCUUACCCCUUCAAGUCCCAUUCCAGAUCCUUAAAACCCAUCAGAGUGUCAAUUGCUCCUCCUCCACCUGAUUUCGACUAUAAAUCCUCACUCCUAACUCAAUCUCGACAGGCAAUUGCUCGCGCCCAUCCCGAAUUGCUCGAUUUAGCCGACAACGGAAGCUUGGUUCUCAUCUCUAAGACCCAAUUCGGCCCUGUCCCCCCCUGGCGAACCGAGUUUGUCGAGCCGGAGGCUAUUUGGCUCAUCGGAACUUCUCACAUCUCCCCUCAAUCGGCAUCCGAUGUUGAGCGCGUUCUCCGUACAGUCAACCCGGAUAAUGUUGUCGUGGAGCUCUGCAGAAGCAGAGCUGGGAUUAUGUAUACUGGUGAUGAGCCAGGUCAACAACUACGCUCAAAUAUGUUCUCUUUAUCGGGGGCAGGAUUUUUUGGUGCCGUUGGCCGCAGUUUAGAUUUGGGUGGUCAGACUGCUCUCGCGUUGCGUCUACUUUUAGCAACUUUUUCGUCGAAAAUCUCUUCAGAUGUGAACCGUCCUUUCGGGGAUGAGUUUCGAGCUGCUAGGAGAGUAUCGGAAAACAUUGGCGCUCAAAUUGUUCUGGGGGAUCGACCAAUUGAGAUCACUCUCGAAAGGGCAUGGAAUUCCCUAGAUUGGAACGAGAAGCUGAACCUUCUACUCUCUGUAUUUCGCGGAAUAACAUCCUCGUCUAUAGACACAACCAAAUUUAAGGAGUUGCAGGAUGAUGAUAGCUCUUACCAGCUAUACGAGCAACUAAGUUUUUCUUAUCCAUCGCUUCUGCAAUCACUCAUUCACGAACGAGAUGUAUAUAUGUCUUGGUCUUUGAAGAGGAGCAAGGCUGUAAACAACAGCAAGAGAGUGGUUGGUGUUAUUGGAAAAGGCCACUUGAAUGGUGUGAUUUACUCGUUAAUAUCCGACACUGGUAACUUGCGGUUUAGGGACCUUGCAGGGAAGAAAUCUUCCGGUGAUGCCUCCGGUUCUUGGGUCGUCACCCUUCUGAAAAACCUGGCCAGAGAUACCCUUAUUGGGAUUUUGUUAUGGGCAUUAUUUGAACAAAUCAAAAAACUUUCUUAGAUUGUUUAUCAAAGGUUAUAAUUGUGAAAAUUUAGAUAGUUGAUGUAUCAAAUUAAAG